CCUGCCCCUUCCCUCAUCCAGCCGAUCCCCAAAUCUCUCGAUUACCAUCCAGUCAUCCGGAAAAACAAGACAACUACUCACUUUGAAGCAAGCAAGUAAACUACCACUCCAACAAGAAAGAUCCCCAAUCUAUCCGAAUCGCCUCCCAACCAGUCACUCGCUUCCUAGUCAUCCCUCGAGAAACCCCCUGGCUUCUGCUGUCGCCAUGUCUGCCGAGUCCUCACCCGUUCUGAUCGACAAGGACGCGUCCAGAUUCCUCACACAAUGUGGUUACAUGUACCGUGAUGAACAUUCUAUCAGCAAGACUCUGCUCUGCUCAAUUUGCUCCGAACCUUGGGUCCAACCUGUCGUUGCUAAUGGAUGCGGUCACAUUUUUUGCGAACGGUGUAUUCAUACCUGGAUCCGACAUAUUCCCUCAUGCCCCAUCGACCGCUCAUCACUGCCAUCCAAUCAAUUAAUCCCGCCGCCACGGAUACUACAAGAGCUAGUGGAUGAGUUGGAUGUGAUUUGUUCGCUCGGAUGUGGCUGGAUUGGACGAAGAGACUGCUGGAAAACUCAUCUGGAGAGCGACUGUCCCGAAGCGAAACGCGACGAACCUGUCAUCCCUUCGGCUCUCAUGACCGAGAAAAUCGAGUCGGUCGAACCCGAGGAUGAAGAGGAAAGCUUCAAGGAACGUUGGAAGAAAUUGGCUAGAGAGAUGCAUGUUCUCAAAAAAGAAGCCAAAGAUUAUAUCUCAACUAUCGAGAGAUUUAAAGAUAAGGUCUCGAAGCUUCAAUUUGAACUUCGUCAAGCAAAUGAGCUCAUCAUCGUCAAGCCGCCCUCCCCAUCACCAGUCUCUUCCCCUAGCGCACUUCCAUUACACCAAGCUACUUGCGACUUCUGCCGCUCUCACAUUCAAGGUACCCGUCACAAAUGCCUCAAAUGUCCAGAUCUUGAUUCCUGUUCUGAGUGCUUUUCUGACAUCAGCAACCUCCAUCCGAUCCAUGACUUCGUAUCGGUUCAUUCGCCAGAAGAUAUUAAUAUCGUCUGCCUGCCUGAAUGGAGCAUAGUUCAUCCGAAUGUCAGAUGUAACCAUUGUGAACAGCAAGUCAUCGGACCUAGGUUCAAAUGUGUGAUAUGCAUAGACUAUGACUUAUGUCAUCAUUGCAUGGCUUUACCUCGACCCGUCCAUCCGAUCGGUCAUCCGAUGACUCGAUUUGUUAACCCUCAAGGGUGAUCACUUUUUUGUAAGGCAUGCUUUUGCUCGCUCCCGUCACCAUCAAAUUAUCUUCUUUUUUUCGAGCUCAGCGUGCGAAAGAUGUCUCCCAUACACACACGACAAAGCUCAUCAACAAGCACCCCAACUCACCUCGAUUUGAUUCAUCUUUUGUUGGAAUACUAUUGUACUACUACUACUACUAUUACUAUUACUAUAUUACUACUGCAUAAAGGAAACAAAGAUUCAAACGGAUUUUCUCUGCAUUAUCAGUGUUGUUGUUUUUUUCUCUUAUUCCUUGUAUCAAUAGAUCUCUACUCGGCACCAGUCUUCUCUUUCUCUGUCUCUCUGUAUUCUUUCUACAAACUCGACAUCUUUUUUGUUUUGUUUGGACGGCGUUUUCUCGUUGACAAUCAGGUUAAUCGCUUGUCUUUUUUGUAUCUCCUCAUCAGCCAUUAAAAAUCAAAGUCCAGAUGCAUAUUUCGUUUUAUAUAUAUAUUAUUUUUAUAUGCACUUUUUUGUUACGUCUGGCUAGUUUCUUCUUUUGCAAUCUCUUCCUUCAGAAGGCAUUUUUUUUUCGUGCAUGGAUAAGUACAAUGUGUUUUUUUAUAUUAUGGAAAUAUAUCAACGGUUGUAGUUUGCAGUGUUCGUCCUCUCUUUAUAUGAAUUUUUCCAGCAUUUUACCAAGCAACUCUUCCUGAUGACAGGCUAGUUUUUAUUCGGAUCCAGUGUCUUUGACUCCAUCUUUCUUAAUCCGAAGUCUCAUGAUUGCGGCCCACCC